AUGGCAUUCGAUCCUCACAAUGUCGACCUGGAUACAGCCGACGCCGCUCAGAUUGUCUGCUACCUCAAUGCCGAGGGGAACGAAUACAACGGCCAACUAGGCGCGCGCGUGUCCGCCAUCUUCGUGAUUCUCAUAGUCUCCUCAGCAGCGACCUUCUUCCCCGUGCUAGCACAACGUGCACCACGCCUGCGCAUUCCGAUCUACGUGUACCUCUUCGCAAAGUACUUCGGCGCCGGUGUGAUCAUCGCAACAGCCUUCAUUCACCUUCUCGAUCCCGCAUAUGAUGAAAUCGGUGGCAACUCCUGCGUCGGACUGACCGGCCACUGGGCAGAUUACUCAUGGUGUCCGGCAAUUGUGCUGACAUCAUUGAUGGUCGUCUUUCUCAUGGACUUCGGCGCCGAGCGCUGGGUCGAGAUCAAGUACGGUAUUUGUCGCGAAGACCCAGAGCCCAUGAUGUCUAGUGGGGGUGAAGUGCGACGUGUGGACUCCCGUGCUUCGGCAUCCCACUCAGGCGACAAGCAAGUCAAGGAAAUUGAGUCGCAGACCCAAGAGCUGGCGAUCGAGCGCUCGGUCAAGCAGCAGAUUGCUGCGCUCUUGAUUUUGGAGUUCGGCGUUAUCUUCCACUCUGUCAUUAUUGGUCUCAACCUCGGUGUUGCGGGUGAUGAGUUUGCUACACUUUACCCUGUCCUCGUCUUCCAUCAAUCGUUUGAAGGGCUUGGUAUCGGGGCGCGCAUGUCGAGCAUCCCAUUCAAGAAGGGGAGCUGGUUACCUUGGUUCUUGUGUGCAGUUUAUGGGCUAACGACCCCCAUUGCCAUUGCUAUUGGUCUUGGCCUGCGCACAACUUAUAACCCUGGGUCUUUCACUGCAAAUGUUGUCUCUGGUGUGCUCGACUCUAUCUCCGCUGGGAUCUUGCUAUACACUGGUCUCGUUGAGCUGCUUGCUCGUGAUUUCUUGUUUGACCCCCACCGCACCCAGGAUAACAGGCGCUUGACUUUCAUGGUCCUGACAAUGAUUCUUGGUGCUGGUAUCAUGGCUCUGCUCGGAAAGUGGGCUUGA